AUGUUCGACAAACUGAAAGAAAAGUUAGAGAAAGUUCACAUUUCGCCCCCCUCUCAAAAGAUUAAGGUCAUCCCACCAACGAUUAAUACUAUAGAUGAAAAAUUCAUUUAUAGAAAUAGAUAUAAUACCGGUGUAAACCUUGGGGCAUUGUUUGUUCUGGAGAAAUGGAUCUUCAAUUCAGUAUUUGAUGAUGUUGACGGAGAAACAGAAUACGAUGCAGUAACUAACCGUGUAAAGAAAUUUGGGAAAGAUGACGCCAUUAACAAAUUAAAGUCCCAUUAUGAUGAUUACAUAUCAAGAAUUGACUGGAAAUGGCUAAAUGAAUCUGCUGGAGUUACAGCAUUAAGAGUUCCCAUUGGAUUUUGGCAUGUAGGGAAUGGGAAAUUCCUAAAUGGUUUACCAUUCGAAUCUUUGAAAGAAGUAUAUGAGAAGGCAAAAGCAUGGGAGAAAUUAAAAGAACUUAUUAAAAAAGCAAAGGAACAUCAUAUUGGUAUUUUAAUCGAUAUGCAUGGUUUACCAGGAGGAGCAAAUCCAGAUUCUCAUAGUGGUGGUUCUAUUGAAAAAGGUGGAUUUUUCAAAAAUAAAAAAUAUGUUGAUAAAAUGUGCUAUGAAGUGUUCCCAUUCAUCGUGAAUGACAUAUGCACCAGUAAUGAUAAUGUGAUUGGAUUACAGAUUGUGAACGAAGCAGCAUUCAGUAAUGAAGCAAAAGAGGAGAAGGAUUACCAUAAGAAGGCAAUCAAGGCCAUAUCUGAGAUUGACUCAAAUUUGCCAAUUAUCAUUUCAGAUGGUUGGUGGCCACAACAAUGGGUUGAUUGGUUGAAAGAACAAAAGUUAAAUGCAACAGUCGUUAUCGAUGCUCAUGUAUACCGUUGCUUCUCUGAUGAUGAUAAAAACAAACAAGCACAACAAAUUUGUAAUGAUUUACCCGUAACAAUCAACUUUCCUACAGAAGAAGCAGAUUUCAUGGUAGGGGAGUUUUCUUGCAAUCUAGCCGAGGAGGCAUGGGAUAAAACAUCAGGUAACAGAGAAGACUACCUUAGGAAAUUGGGCCAAGUCCAAACCUCAGUAUUUCAUCAGAAAGCAAGUUUUGGGUAUUUUUUCUGGACCUUACAAUUUCAAUAUGGUGAUGGUGGUGCUUGGGGCUUCGUUCCUAUGACAAAACUGGGAGCUUUGCCAGUCAGUGGGAAUAACAAGACGCAUAAUGUUGGAGAGAAAGAUAUUAAGGCAGUUGUCUCCCAACACGUAGAUUAUUGGAAAUCGAAAGGUGGUGAUAAGUUUGAACACUGGAGAUUUCAAGAUGGUGUUCAGCAAGCUGCAGCCGAUAUUCAGGAAUUCUCUGCAUUUAAUGGAUCACGUCUAGGUAGAUGGCAAAGUGUUAAAUCUAUUCGUAGAAAAGAAUACCUUUCCCAAAAAGGUGAUAGCGAAUAUAUGUGGGAAUGGGACCAAGGUUAUGACCAAGGUUUAUUCCAAUUUAAUAACUGA